AUGAAUGGCAAAGGGUUCUUUUUCUUUAAAUUCGAUUCUAAAGAAGGAAUGGAUCAGCCUUGGACAACUAAUACGGAACUGAAAAAGGAGGAGCUAACGAAAAUUCCAGUUUGGGUCAAACUUCAUGACGUGCCUCUUGCAGCCUAUACUGAAGAGGGUUUGAGCUUGAUUGCAUCUAAAGUCGGAAUCCCAAAAGUGUUAGAUAAUGAAACAGCAAAGAUGUGUGAUGAUUCAUGGGGUCGCAGUAGCUAUGCUAGAGCUAUUAUUGAGGUCGAUGCAAGUAAGGAUCUGAAGGAAAAGGUUUCGGUAGCCAUUCCUAAUGUAGAGGAUGGUGGUUUUCUAAAGAGCUCGAUCAACGUUGAGUAUGAGUGGACUCCUCCAAGGUGUUCUACAUGCAACGUUUUUGGACACACGCUGGAGGAUUGCCCAAAGGUUGUGAAGCCAAAGAUUAACCAAGAACCGAAAGGUAAGAAUAAGUUGGAUGAACAGGGCUAUCAAGUUAUAGGGAAAAAGAAUUUGGCGAAACAUGUAAUCAAAGACAAACCGAAGUUUGCUUAUCGGCCUGUGAGGAAGGACCAACAUAAAGCUUCUACGUCUAAACCGAAAGUAGACGGUAUUCCGCUAAAUAAUGCUUUUAGUGCUUUGGAAACACCUAGUAAUGAUUGUGAUGAUGUGUCGGAUCAGGAUGAGGUCAGGGAAGUGGUGAACGAAACGACCAUGUUUAUGCAAAAUAAGACGACUGAUGGAGGUUCUUUUUCAGGGGCAAGCACUCCUGCUGUCGAGGUUUCCAAUGGAUAG